GAAUUGCGGAAUGAACAGACGCACAUACAUACACAGAAACUAAAUGCUGCGUGAUCAACUUAUUUAGACAAACAUAAUUUUAAUGUUUAACUAACUUCUCAAUUCUCCAUGUUAAAAUAAUACCACUACUGCUGCUACUAUCAUUUCUACUACGACCACUACUAAUAAUCAUGAUAAUCCAUGUGCUCAUCCUCCAGCGCCUCAAGGAGCUGAAACAAAGGGAGUUUUACAGAGCGUUGGCCUACAGGAGGCAGAGGAGACGCAGGGAGGAGCAGAGAGAGGAGAGAGCGCUGAGGAGGCUCCACAAGCAUGAAGAGAGGAGGACAGGAGAGUGUGCUCCAGGUUCUGGUCCCAUGUUCAGGUCCACCACAGUGGCAGUCGAACCAGCAAACCAGACCAGGCCAGACUUUGUACAGAACUGGGCUGACAUCCAUACAAGCAGCACCACGCUGGGAACAAAGCCUCAAACCCCGCUGAUUCAGCCCUUCCUACCGCUGGACCCUGCACUGGAAACCAGACUCCUGAGCAACACACAAUGGGCAUAUGGCCAAAUGGACACGAACAACACUACAACUACAACUGCUGAAUCCUGCAUCCUCAACAAGACCCAAAUGGACUACAAUGACCUGACAGCCGCGGCCAUUAAGUCCAGUACCACUACCAACAACAUCAUGAGCACUGAUAUCAACACAAAUAUCCACUCUUCCACCAAAACCAGCCACUUUAACAAGAUCCCUUGGGCUCAUCAUUAUUUAACCAACCCCAUUACUCCCAAUAACAUCCCAACAACUGCCAGUAAUACCACCACUAAUGGAUCCAUUUUCAACAAAACCACCAUGACCAGCUUCAGUAAGAAAAUCACCACCACCGCCAUUACUAACACGACUGACAUCAGCAUCAACAGUAGCAGAGCAUUGGGCGCCUCAGUCGUCCAAUCCUUCCCCAGCAGAGUCCGUCCUGUGUCCUUCUCGCUGCCCAAAAGGAGCUGUGUCCUUCUCCACCAAUCAGCUGCCGUCUUCAUCCAAGGCGGCCGAGGCUCUGACUUGUCAGGGAAACAAGAAGGUGUGACGGCGCAAGAAAGAGCUAAAGAUCUGGGGGCUAAAGAUCAGCAGAUCAAAUCUCCAGUAUCUGCAGACGUGGACAGUGUAGGUGUGGAACACUGGGACACUGGAAACCAGCGCAGUGUGGACAGUAAAACUGCAAUCCAGCACUCUGAGGUUGGAGCCAAUAUGUCUACUGAGAGGGGGACAGGAGCCCAGGUUUCUUUAUGUAAUCGCAAUGUGAUCAGAGUUGAGGACUCUGUUAACAGUGGGAAUGGAGCCCAGAUCUCCUCAUGUAACGACAAUGGGACUGGAGCCCAAGUCGGCAAUGAAAUUGGGACUGGAGCUCAUCUUUAUUUAAACAGCGGGAUACCAGGACAGAUUUCUGGCAGUGUAAGCACAGUUGUGGCUAAAGAUUCAGCAUGCAGAGAUAGUGAGGCCGAAACCCAUAACAAUGUGGACAAUGUGACAGUAUUAAAUCCUACCCAAGAAUUGAAAGAUCUGCUAUGUCCUGCUACAAAUCAACCUCAGAAAUCGAUUUCCGGUAUUUCAAAUGAGACCAAAGAGUCUUCAAUCCAAACACAGCCCAAAGAUUUAAACAGCUCUCCAUCAAACUGGACUAAAGAAUCAAGUUAUUUGCCUCCAUGUCGUCCCAAAGAGCCGUUUUGUCGUGUCCUGAACCGAGACGGUGGCAGGGUUCUUCUCUGGCCAUCAGAGAUGGUCAGCUACACCAAGACAUCGCCCUCCAUCUCCUACAGCAUCAACCCUCUUCUGUAUGACUUCAGAGCUCAUAACAGGACCAAGGAAGGGGGUGAGGAAAAGAAAGGAGGGCUGGAAGAAGGGUGGGAGGGAAUAAAGCCGUCUGUGAUCAAACAACCUGGCUGCCAACAGAGGCAGGAAGUUAUGGAGAGAGGAAGGGAGGUAAAGAUAGAUGAAAGGGAAGAAGAGGAUGGAGGAGGACAGGCAGGAAAUCCUAUGGAACUUGUAGCCCAUUGUAGCGGCGGCAACGCAGUUCCGGACCGCUGCGCCUGCCGUGAUGAAAGUGCUUUAAAAUUCGUUCCCAUUUCCACAGAAUGCCACCUUGCACCGACGCUAGGCCUUCAAAAAACGGGGAGGAGGAGGAGGAGGAAGAGGAGGGGAGGGGUGAGGAGAGGAAUGAGGAAGAGGGGGAGGAGGAAAAGAGGAGAAGAGACAAACAGGAAAGACCCAGACAGGGGAAGAAGGAUAAUAAGUAGCCUUUCUGAGAAUCUGAUGUCUGAAGGGAGAGGAGAAGAGAGGUUGCAAAGAGAGGGCACAGAAAAAGCAGAGAGGAGAGAAAAAGGACUAUUAAGUAAUCUUGGAGCGCAUCGGCUGGUAGGAGGGAGAGAAAAGAGGAUGAGGGCAGAGGAGAAAAGGAUAAGACGAGAUGAGACAGAGCAAGAGAGGGCAGGUAGAAAUGACGAGAAGAGAGGAGAGCUAUUAAGUAAUCUUCCUGUGAAUCGCUGUAAUCGGUGUAACCAGCUGUGUCUGCAGGUGAAAAGGGAGGCCAGCCUGCAUCAAUCCCAGCAAUCAGCCUCCGGGUGGGGCCAGGGGCUCAGAAAGCUCCUCUGCAGGGGUGCAGCAUGUAACUCAGUGAUUAGCCCCGUCCCUGGUACUGUUAUAGAGAUGCCAUGCUGUCCUGCAAUUACGCCCGACCCUGCUCAGAAUGACAGAGAGACGGGGGAGAUACACAAAAAUACACAAGCAGGGAAGGAGGCCGGGCGGAGAGAUGAGCAGCAAAGGAAUCUGAGGAAGACAGAGAUAAGAGUUCAGGAUGCUAAAGAAAACGUGUGUAACCUAGUGAUUAGCGGCAUUUCCUUGCCCAGUCAAGACGCAGCAUGUAAGCCAGAAGUUUGUCUUGUUCCUACACCUCAGAGAGAAACAGCAUGUGAUCCAGCGAUUAGCCUUGUCCCUGCUCCCUUUAGAGAAACAGCGUGUAGUCAAAGACAAACAACAUCUGCAGGACACUGCAAUCCAGUGUUAGGCUUGGCCUCACACUGUUCUGGACAACAGACAGAAACACAACCGAGAAUUAGAUCAGCCCGCGCAGACAUGAGCCUCCCUGGCGAAGUGAUUUCAAAAGAUGUGAUGUCAAAGAGAGCAGUAACAGCCGACCAGAGGAAGAGGGGAUUGCCAGAGGCUGGGGAAAUACCGAGGAAGAAACGGAAAAGGGGAAGGAGACAAGGCAGGAGAGUCGUCUGUGUUUUGAGUACACAGAGACAGGAAAGAGCUUGUGUUGGGUUGACUACCGACCUCAGCAUAGAUGAGGCCCCUUGUAUGCAGAAACCCACAAUGGCGCUUAAACUCAAGAGCAACAAGACUGGGACACUUGUGGACGACUACCUGGGGUGCAGCACAACUGAGUGUGGUCCAGUCGGCAGCAGGAGUGAGAAAAACACUGACUGCCACUGUAUUUGCAGGCCAAAACACUGUCUGUGCCAUAAAUCCAAUAACAGUGAGGGAACAUUUAGUUGCAACACAACUGACAAACUGAAUAACUGCUGCCACUGUGAUGACAGUAAAAGUGGCAAUUGCAGUGCUGAUGUCUACAGUCAAUUUGUCUCUGAUCCUUCCGGAGGCGAGGACAGGAGGAAGUGCUUGACUGAGAAACCUCUCAGUGACUGUAACACACCAGGUGACCACAACCAGGGUAAUAAAAAACACAAUCCGAGCUGUAGCAGUACUUUGAUGAAUCAUGACGGCAACGAAGAUGACAAUCAAUCUCCUGAUCAUGUGGAUAAACUUCACACAGCUAACGAGAGUGACAAACCCACCUGUAACAUCGAAGACACGCCUGUGGAUUUACUUUCAAAAGACUUCUUUACCUGUAGCACUAACGAAACACAUGCUGACCACUGUCAAUGCACAAACAAGCAGACAAAGAGUGUCAAAAUAUCCACUGACUCUGAUAUCAGCAACACUACUGACAAAACGGACAAGCGUGGUGAUCGCUGUAACUGUAAAACAAAUGACACAUGUUAUCACAAUUUCAUUUACAACCAUACAGAUAACAAAAGUGGUCACAGUGAGGAGGAUACAACCAAACUGCAGUGUCACAUUCAACACAAAAGGGACCUCUCUCAUUCAGUUAUUGAUUAUAAAACCUGCAGUGGUAUUGAUCAAAGACACGGAAACGGCUGUGAUGAUAUUGACAGUGCGCAGUGUGAUUAUUUUAACAGUAAUCAUGUCACUGAUUGUAAUCAUUGUGGUAAUGUUGUCGAUAAGAGUAGCGCCACAAAUGCAACGGAAACUGUUGCACUCAUGAGUGUACAGACGGAGCAGAGAGAAGAGGAAAGAGAUGUUGAGAAGGAGAGAAAGGAGGAGGAGGAGGAGGAACAGAUGGCGAGGAAACGGGUAAAGGAGAAGCAAGAAGAGUGGGAGAAGGAGUGGGUGAGGAGAAAGGAGAAAGAAAAGGAGGACAGGGAGAGAAGGAAGGCGAUAGAUUUUGAACAUCUAUACCCAGAGAAGAGGCCUUACUUUCCUCACGCCCUCCCUCCGCAUUGCAUCCCCCUCCACGCUCCUCUCCUUCUCCAGCCUUCCCUCUCCUCCUCUUCCACUUUUUCCUUCCAUCGCACUAUCAUCCAGCAUCACCUCUCCCUCCUCCCGCCUCCGCCACACCUCCCUGUCCACUCAUACCCCCAUCUUCUCCCCUCUUUCUCCCCACAUCUCUCUCCUCUCACUCUUAAUCCACCUCCUGCUCCUCCACCCCCCCCUCCUCCUCCUCCUCCUCCCCCUCCGUUCUACGCCUCAUCCCCCAUCUCUCUCCUGGAUGCCCCUGGUCCUUAUCCGCUAGCAGCAGCAUUUCACCCCUUGCAGAGUCACCACCCGUCUCUGUAUCCCCCGCCCCAUCAUGCAGUCUUGCCCUUACAGAUGUUGUUUUAAAACAUACAAAAGAAGCAAAGAAAUUGACUCAUGAAGGGUCGACUAUCCCAUUUUCCAAGUGAAAAGUUGUCAGGCGAAAGCAGUUUUCAUGCCUCAUCACCUGCACACUCAAAGCAAGAAUGAAAUGCGGUACAAUUCCAGGAAGAUUUAAGAAACAAAAACAAUAAAACACGAUCUUUCUUAAAGCCAAACCUCCAGCAAUUUCAUCACCCUGUCGAUACACUCCAAGCACUGAUUCAUCUGAAAAAACGAUGGCUAAUUAUCGUCAUCAGAUGCAAUCCUGCUUAAAAUGAGCCUCAGGUGUGCAGCCAGCGGAAUCGUGGCGGGGAUACACAGCUGGGCUCGUUUCCCUCCGCAGAAAUCAGUUGAUGCUCCUGUUUUGCAUUUUAAACCAAUGAUUUGCUCAGUUUAAAGCAUGUUGGAAAUUUAAACUGUGCUUUGUGACUUUAAAGGGCAAACCCAUCAUUGUACACUCUCAGAUAUCUUCAAUCUGUGAUAAUAAAUGCAGGAUUUUUUUUCCUUGUUGAAAUUUACAUUUUCCCCCCUGAGAGCUUCCACUUCAGUUGGUGAUUUCCUACUUCUCCCUGAAUGACUUUGAAGACAGAUGUGGACUUGCUGCUCUCAAGAGGUUAUUAAGAGCUGAUGACCCGCAUGACUUUUUUUAAAGCUAACCUCUGUUUUGCCAAUAAAAAGUUUCUUCCAUCAGUCUUUCUAAAAAGGUUGAGACAAGAUCUUAUUCAAACUUAAUAUUAUUAAAUGAGUAUUUCUACUAGUUUAGCAGAGUAGUAAAAUUUAAGCACCUGGUCAUUUUAAUAAGAUAAAACUAAGUUAGCAUUUAGUAACGACAAAUGUGCCAUAUUCACAUCAUACCAUACAGACAUAAUUACAAGCGGGCUCCUUUUUCAAGUCAGAAGUAUGGGCUUAUGGCCAUCGUCAUAAGUUAUAGCUGAAUAAACUCUGAUAUAUAUGCUUAAAGGUUCAGUGUGUACGUUCUAGUGACAUCUAAUGAUGAGGGUUGCGAAUUGCAACAAAUGGCUCUCUGUGCAUUCACUUGCUCCUCGGACGAAAUAAGUACUUUAUAAUAAAUGUAUUAAUUCUAAUGGCAACUGUAGCAGUAAAAAACUUUUUCUCCAUGAGGUUGUUAUUACAUCAAUUUAAUUUCUAAAUCUAACAACAAAAAGGCUGUAAAAACUGUCAACAUAUGGUCGUCUUUUAAAAUCUUUAUAAAAUAUAGACUACCCCUGGCAAAUUUGUUAUUAUUUGUGUCCUCUUAUAUACUUGUAUACUGUUCUAUAUACUUCUUUAUGUCCCAUGUACAUUUUAUUCCUGUUUUUGCAAUAAAGAUUUAAGGAGGAGGGAAAAAUCUGAUUAUUCCAACACUACAUGAAUGCACCAUCACUCACCGCUCAUCCCUCCCUUUGCAAGCAUUCAGGAGGAACCUCAGCGGCCGACACACUCUGUUGACUCAUGUGCCGAAUAUGUGUGGUGCUCCAUUUGUCCAAAUUACGCAACUCUUCUUACUUCUAAUAAACCAGACGACUACUACUACUACUACUACUACUACUACGUAUGCUUGUUUUUCGUACUAGUCAACAUAGUGAUGAAACGCGCUCUGUAGAGCCAUUUGUCCUGUUUGGGCUUCUGUAGAGGGAAAAAUAAAAUAAAAAUAGAAAUGGCUCAUUUUAAGGUUAUAAAAACAUAACAAGUCAUUAUGUAAGGACUUUAUACACCACUGAAAACAUAGUUAUGUAUAUUAUAUUGAUAUCCUCCUAAAUAAUACACACUGAACCUUUAAUGAACCACUACAAAUAGUUAACUUUUUGUGCUGUAAAAACAUCUGGGCUUAUUUUUCAUUUAUCUGGUGAUUACAGGGCUAGCUUUCUGAUAGAUGGGUGACAUGUCCUGCAAAGAAUAAGCAGGUAUAACUAGCAGAUGAGUGGAUGACAAGGCUAGCAAUGGGGCUAACCGUCUUAGAAUAACACCUGUGUGCUACCCAGUUGAAAUAACAGAAGAUUUCCCCGUCCAGAUGACAUAAUGUGAAUGCAGCAUCAGUUACAGAGCCUUAAGGUAGCUGUAGUGAGCUAAAUGCUAACAAAAUGAUUAUUCUUAUUGCUCUGUUAAAAUUAUGACGUUUCUUUUUCAUUUUAUCGUCCGAAUAAGCAAAAGAAAGCUGCUGGAGCUGAUGUUAAGAGAGAAUUACGCUGUUUUAAAGAUACACAUAAACUUCUCUGCUCUGUUUUCCCAGAGAGGGGUGGUAAAUGUAACCUCCCAAAACUCAACAACAUCAAGUAAGCUGAUUGGUUUCUCAAACUCCUGUGGGGAAGCAGGUUUGAAAUGCAAAAGAAAACACACAGACAGACAUUUAAAAUCCACACAAGUAUAAAAGAAACAAACGUCUCUGAACAGCACCCAUGCACUCGACCAAACUACAGAAUAGAUGUGUCCUAAUUCCUUUCUACAUACUAAUAAAAUAAUUGAAUUAAUUGUACUCAGUAGAUGUUAGUAUGUAGGAUACAUGAAGUUGAUUUUUGGUGCAUUGUUAAUGGAAAACAUAACUCAUGGACUGCAUGAAAGGAAAUUGAGAAGCUGCUGACAGCUGGAAAAAAUAAAUUGACGAUAAAGGUAAAGAAAAUAGCUUCAAGAAGACCUGGAAAAACAUUUGUUUUCUCUUGGUGAAGUUAAAUCGGCACUGGCAUUUAAGAGUCACAGUUUUACACUGCAAGUCUCAUUUUCUGUCAGUACAAACUACAUUGAUUUGUUGGAUGGUGACUGUAUACUGACUGCAAAAACAGCAUACUGUGGUAAUUACUAGAGAGUACACACUGUAGUAGUUUGUAGAAUGGAAAUGGGAUACAGCAGUCUCAUUGCUGGUGCUGUCAUCAGUGUAUAAAUUGUAUCUGCAGUGGAUUUCUGCCCGUGUGACUGUUGAACGUCAGAGCAAAAUGUUAAGUUUAGAAAUAAGCCUUUGCUCUUUGAUUUUGAGCGAUGGACUCCAGCGUCUGACCUUUUCUCUUGACGUUUAAGACUGUUGAUUUUCUGCCAUCUCACUCCACUGCUGCACUAAAAAUAUCCCAACGUAGUGGAUAACUUUACAUUUAUUGACUCAUCCAAGGAAAGAAAGACAAAAACACAAUAGGGAGUGUUUCAGCACGUCACAAUAAUAAUGUUAAAGAGCACUUUUAUAAACCCACUUUACAAAGUGCUUCACGCAGGGCAACAACUUUACAACAUGAAGAUCAUCAAAACUAUUUCUGAUUUCUGAGAGUAAAGGGAAAUCAAGCAACUAAAAACAAGCUCAUGCCAUAGUUUCAAAGCUCUGACUGCGAAUGCUCUGUCACCUCUAGUCUUCUGCCGCGCAAGACCUGAGCAUGAGGUCAGAUAUAUAGCAUGAUAAAGGCCAUGAAGAGCCUUAAAAGUCAUCAGUUAGAUCUUUAAAUUAAUUCUAAAAACAUACUGGGAGCCAAUGCAAGGAGGCGUGAUGUGAUCACUUCUCUGGGACCUUGUUAAAAGCCAGGCAGCUGACUUCUGUACAGUCUGAAGCCAAUUAAUAGAUUUUUGGUUGAGGCGUGACGAGAUGAAAGCUUGUAAAAUGGUCUCCGUCAUGUGACACACCCAGAUUUAAUAGAGACAUGUCUCUUGGAGAGGCUAGACGUAGAGAUGGGCUGUGAUGAAACAGAGGAGGAUUUGAUUGCCAGGUAAUCACAAAACAACCUUUUUCUUUUAUUAAAGUUCCCUGUCCCCCCGUUUUCAUUCAUUGGUUGCUUGUUGCAGUUGGACAGGUGAUUUUCUGCUCUGUGUUUCGGCACAAAAUAACAGAAAUCAUCCUUUCAUUCAUAUGCAGGAAGUUCAAAGCGUUCCUAUAGCAGCACUUUUCCAUCUGAGCAGCACCUCAGGGUGGAUUUUUCCUUUAAGGCUAAGGGUUAGGGCAAAGCCACGUGUGGAUCAGGCCUUCAAAAAUUCCUCUUUUGAGAACGCUCCCUAUUGUUUCAUUGAGUGCAGCAGAAAUACCUCACAAUUGCAUGUUUGUUAAGUCCAGACAUCAAGACACUCGAAAGGUGUGAAUAGCAGAAGUAGCAGUGUGAGACGUGCAGAGGAACUCCCACACUUACUAACACAUUGUUUUUCUCAAACGAUUUCUCAGAAGUUGAACAUCUGGUGGCGAUGGCUUUGGGGUAUAACUGGCAGCGCCUAUCCAUUUUAGAGACUAUAGAUUAUUCUGGUGCAGACAGCAAUGACAAACAAACAAAAAUAUGCAUGAAAAUUGGACUACAAAAAGCAGAUUUUGUGGGCGGAUCACCAUCCUUAUCCUCACUGAGGGUUUCAGGCAAUCACUGUAAAAGAUUUGGGUCGUAUUGAGAAGCCUGGACACACACUGUUUGAGCAUUACAGUUUUCAGUUGCAGCCCUGAACGCUCUGCUGUGUUUCCCAGUGCUCGUCAGUAGGUAACUGUCGAUUCCUCACCAGAUGAUCUCCACUGUGUCGGGAAUGUCACCAUGGUGAGACUACAAGCCGCUUUUGCUUCUGAUGGUGUUCGUGAACAAAGGAUAGCGACAUGAAACUUACAUCUACUUACAGCUCUGAGUGCAACAAAAUGCCAGAAUCAUAUUUAGCUGGUGUGACAGCACUCAUAAAGCAAAAUGUUCCCGCCCUGUAGCUCUGCACCACGAGGCGUUUGAAACCAUAUGUUCUCUAUGAAUGUAGGUUCUAUUUAUUAUUGUGAUAAAACUGUGUAAAUUAGAGAGGAAAGGAAGCUGUUAUUAGAUGUAUUUUUGUAGAGAAACCUCAGUUAAAUGAGGCACAGUUUUUGUAUCAUGUACUCGGAUGCUAUUUUAGCUAGUAAAUGAACUCCACACCCCAAUUAAAUCAUCUUGUUGUUAAAGCUGUUGUACAUAUGUUCUUUAUUGUCCUGUUAAUCAAUGAAUGUGUUUAAAAGGCCGUGUUUAUGUUCCUUCACAAGCAGUUUUUCCCAGUUUUGUCAAAGAAAUGUCUUGAGAUCCUGAUAAACUAAUAUUUGGCUAAGUCCUUUGUGUAACCUAAUUUCAGCAGACUCACAUCCACAGAUAUUAUCCCUGCUAAUUUAAUAGAUCUAGUGAAUCCAUCGAGAAAAGCAAAUUACCCUGAAAAUGGAAAUAAAUCA